CUGUGAUUGGUUGACUAGAGCUCAACGCGAGUUCCCCGGUGCAAGACAGGAACCGGUGGGCACGGAACAGUGGGGUAAUUGGUGUAAAAUGGCGCUAUCUCAAGGAACAAAGAAAAAAGUUUGCUAUUACUAUGAUGGGGAUGUGGGGAACUACUACUACGGCCAGGGCCAUCCCAUGAAACCCCACAGGAUCCGCAUGACACACAACCUCCUUCUCAACUAUGGACUAUACAGGAAAAUGGAGAUCUAUAGACCACACAAAGCCAGUGGUGAAGAGAUGACAAAGUACCACAGUGAUGACUACAUUAAGUUCCUGAGGUCCAUCCGACCAGACAACAUGUCGGAGUAUAGCAAACAGAUGCAGAGAUUCAACGUCGGAGAGGACUGUCCAGUGUUUGAUGGUCUGUUUGAGUUUUGCCAGCUCUCAACUGGCGGAUCUGUCGCUGGGGCAUUGAAGCUGAACAAGCAGCAGACAGACAUCGCCAUCAACUGGGCCGGCGGACUCCACCACGCCAAGAAGUCCGAGGCCUCUGGUUUCUGCUACGUCAACGACAUCGUCCUGGCCAUCCUCGAGCUGCUCAAGUACCACCAGAGGGUGUUAUACAUAGACAUUGACAUCCACCACGGUGAUGGAGUGGAGGAGGCCUUCUACACCACAGACAGGGUUAUGACUGUCUCUUUCCACAAGUAUGGGGAGUACUUCCCUGGGACUGGAGACCUGAGGGACAUUGGAGCUGGAAAGGGCAAGUACUACGCAGUAAACUACCCGCUUAGAGACGGUAUAGAUGAUGAGUCCUAUGAAGCCAUCUUCAAACCUAUCAUGGCUAAAGUCAUGGAGAUGUACCAGCCAAGCGCUGUUGUGCUCCAGUGUGGAGCUGAUUCCCUUUCUGGAGACAGACUGGGCUGCUUCAACCUCACCAUCAAAGGCCAUGCCAAAUGUGUCGAGUACAUCAAAAGCUUCAACCUGCCCCUGCUGAUGCUGGGCGGUGGAGGCUACACCAUUCGCAACGUGGCCCGUUGCUGGACCUACGAAACCGCCGUGGCCUUGGACUGCUCCAUCCCCAACGAGCUGCCCUACAACGAUUACUUUGAGUACUUCGGGCCCGACUUCAAGCUGCACAUCAGCCCAUCCAACAUGACCAACCAGAACACCAACGAAUACCUGGAGAAGAUCAAGCAGCGUCUGUUUGAAAACCUCCGUAUGCUACCUCACGCCCCUGGUGUCCAGAUGCAGGCGAUCCCCGAGGACGCUCCCCACCUGGACAGCGGAGACGAGGAUGAGGAGGACCCCGACAAACGCGUCUCUAUCCGGGCCCACGACAAGAGGAUAGCCUGUGAGGAGGAGUUUUCUGACUCUGAGGAUGAGGCGGAGGGGCAGGGAGGAGGCCGCAGGAACGCAGCCAACCACAAGAAGGUGAAACGAGUGAAGAAGGAGGAAGAGAAGGAAGGAGAGGAGAAGAAAGAAGUGAAAGAGGAGGAGAAGGAGGAAGAGAAGAUGGACACAUCAGGGCCAAAAGAAGAGGUGAAGACAACUUGAAGUCUGGCACGGGGAGAAAUGGAUGGUUGUACUGUUGUCCUCAAGUCUCACUGAAUCUUACAUUCUCCUGCUGCGACGAUAGGACCCUUUUUUGUAUUCCUGUUUUAUUAUGUGUUCUUCUGGGCAACCCCGGUCCACACUGUAUUCUUUGCAUUUGUUUCAAAGCUCAGUGAAGCACCAGUCGAGUGGGCACCGCACAGCCACAGCUGCCUAUCUUGAUCAUCAAUUUAGCAUGAAUUUCCCCCUGUAUUGUGGAAACCCCACCCGACUGGAGCUCCAUGUAGUAUAAAACCGCUCUAAUCGUUCUCAGCUGUUCAGAGAACCAGGUCAACUUUAAUGUGAAGAAAACCACCCGAGUUAUUACUGUUCCUGUCAUGGCAUUCCAGAUUUGAACAAGUUUGUGGGGCUCAUGCUGAAAUCCCUGCAGGCAUAGAUAAGUGUAGCACUCACAUGCAAAAAGCCUUUUGUUAGUUUUUUUUAACAUCUAUUUAUGAUACUGUUGGAAUAACCAGCAUUUUGGCAAACUGAUGUUUGGCUUGCUGUGUUAAUUUAUCAGUGAAUGCAUGUUUAGAAUGAUCUCGCCUUAAGCAUGCACAUGUUACUCUCACGGGCCAUUAAGUUAUUUUAAAUCAUGAAUGCAGUCAGUCCCUUCAGCCCAUCUUCCUAUCAAUAUCUUGUCAGUGUUUCUUCCCUUAUUGUUCGGAUGUGUAAGUAUGAAUCUGUGUGAACCUCUGGAGAGGCAGAUGUUGAGAAGUGAGUGACUUGUUUUAGAUAUUUUGUACCAUUAUACAUGAAGGUGGAGUGAGCUGGUAAAAUGGUCCUCCACAUGUGGUUGUUUGGAGUUCUAUCCUUGUGAAAUGUGCAUUAUCAUAACUUUGUCAUAGAAAAAUAAAGAAAAUUGAUCCACA